AUGGCUGCAACGCAGCAUGAAGGCACGCUGGCCCGAAUCAAACACGGAGACAAAAACGUCAUAAACGAUAUCAUUUCCGUGUUCAAGCAGGAACCCACAUUCAAACCGAACGGCAAUUCUGUGACGGGCUUCCGUUACCCUAAGCGGAACUCUGUCGCUUACGUCAAGUUCGGGCCACUGAAACAAAUUGCAACAGAGGUACAGAACCACGAAUAUGCAUUCGGAGCCUUCAAGAAAAUGCCACCAAAUCAGACACGAGGCAUCCGCAUACCCGAGAUCUACCACACAUUCAACAUCGGCGAGGAGCUCAACCAAAAGAUUUUAUCAUCAUAG